CACACACACACACACACAGAGAGAGAGAGAGAGAGAGAGAGAGAGAGAGAGAGAGAGAGAGAGAGAGAGAGAGAGAGAGAGAGAGAGAGAUGGAAGAAGGUGAUGGUGAUAGAGAGGAAUGUAUCGCGGAGGAAGCCAUUGGCGGGGAGUUUGAAGAUGGUGAGCGGAUGAUGGAUAACUCUCCGUCGGCAUCGACGAGGGUCGUCGGUGGAGGGAUUGGCGUCGCCGGGAAGAUGAAGUUGAAGAGCAGUGUUGAUGACAAGUCGCCACGUGUCUUGAGUUCGUUUUUCAGCUCUCAGAUCACCGGCCGCGGCUGCAAGUCUCUGCGCAAUCUUCCUCGCGAUGUCUAUCGCCGUCUUCAGAGCGGCUCCAACGGAAUGGCCGCUCUCUGCAUUGACCUGGAAACCCAUCUCUCAUCGAAUGACGUGGAGAGCUGCAGAACUGUCCUGAGGACGAUUUCUCGUCAGAUUAACGAGUUGACAUCCAUUCAUCAUCAAGCUAAUCGAGAGUCCUUUGUGCUCUUUGGCGGGGACGCUUUGUUGCUGAGAGUUUUGAACAGUCCGUUCGCGAAUAAUGCUGUGGGGGGUAGAAGCAAGAUUGGAGUCGGCGCGCAGCUGGCUUCGCAAAGCACAAGGGUCGGUCUGGCCGGGAUCUUGGCCACGUCAUCGUCAACUACCAGUGGAGCGGCAACAGUAGGAGGAGGAGGAGGAGGGGGAGCAGGAGGAGGGGGAGCAGGAGGGGUGGUAGGUACUCUGCCAGCGGGGGGAGGUCGGAGAAGGCCCCGGUUGAUAGAUUCGGACCGAAUGUGGACGGCGGCAGCGAGAUUACAGAGGGCGGGAAAUGAAAAUGGCGGGAACGAUGAGCGCGGGAACCAGCGGGAGCGGGAGGAGGAGGAGGUUCUCCCCGCUCCUGUAUGGUUCUUGCGCAAUGAGUGUUUGGCCAUUCUUCGCGAUCUCUGCUUUACUUCACCCUAUUUUCCGGAGUCGCUUGCGCAGCAUCGAGAUUUCCUGCGCCGCUUGUUUAUUCUCAUGGGCAACAAGGAGACUUUUGAUAACGCUGUUGCACUAGCUGAAGAGAUUCUUGCUGCUCGCGAGGAGACUCUCAACCUCCAGACUAUCACUGGAUUUGCAGAUCUUGUCCGAAGCUUUUCAUCGCAGCAACUUGCUUUCUUUUGCCGUGUUUUGGCUAUGGUGGUUUUUGAACCUGAGGAUAGGAGCCCAGAACUGGCCCUUCCCACAACGAGGGGACAAGAUACUGGAACCUUGGAACAAAUUCAUUUCCCGAAGUUCGCUAAGGAGGCGGAUAGGGAGCCAAGUGUUGUGGACACGAACCACGAGGUGCUGAUGUCGAUACCCGAACUCCUGCCACGCCUUGUGAAGCUCCUUCAAGUGAAGAAAGUGCACUAUGGGGGUCAGAAUCCUCUGUUCACAGAUUGGCAGGUGCGGUUUGAUGUGGAUGUUGCUGAAUGGCAACCUCUCUUGGGCUCGCAACGUAGAGAUCGAGAUGAAUGGGGUGAAUUAGAGCUUGAUGGGUCAGAGGAGCUGCAGACAGUCCGCGUUCCCCCAGUAAUGGAGGAUGCGUCUGCUGGGACAGCGCCUCGAGGGCAGUGGAUGGGUGGAGAUUUUUCCCUCGAUGCUGUAUUGAGGAACAGAGAACAUGGAACCGGAAGAAAUGGAAAUGAACCUGUUGUCAGUGGUGCAGACGAGCGAAGAGGUGCCGUGAAUGUUAGGGCUGAUUCACAGAGCACGGACGGUGCAUCCCCUGAUAGGGCCGCAAGGCCAGGAAGAGAGCAUGGUGUUGGUAUGGAUGAUGGAAACGGUGCUGUUCGGCAUGAGUUUGCAAGAGGGGGCGCUGCCACAGGUAUGGGUGCGAGGGGACCUCUGGAAGCAAUGGGUGGUACCAGGUUGCAGCCGAUGGCACAAUUAGGGGGUGGUGAAGGUAAUGGGGUCUGGGAACUACCACAUUGGAUGCAGAUGGUCCAUGGAAUGGUCGUGCUGACAGGAGAGGGAGGUGGUGCUUUUGGUCCUGGCACUGCAGCUUUGGGAGCAGGCCUGGGACAUGGGCUCGCAGCAGUCGUGGAGCGCCGUGGGAUGUCUAUCAAAGCUCUGCAGUUUGCAUCGGUGGAGGUGCUGUUCGUUCUUUGCGCUCUUCUCGGUGGCAAGAAGAAGGAACUGGUUCAGGACAGGCUGGCGGAGCUUGGGCUGGUUCAGGACAGGCUGGCGGAGCUUGGGCUGGUGCCAAUUCUGACAAAGUGGUUCGACAAGCUUGAUUGGAAAGCGCCGACUCCUCCCCCUCCCGAGCCACAUGGCAUACAUGGCCCAGGAUGUGCGUGCAAUCCACAAUCGGCCUUGAAAAUUCAGUAUCUUCGUUUGGUGCAUAACUUUUGUGAUCGAGACAGCUGCAACCGUGCGAACAAACAGCUCCUCCUUCAGCCAGUCAAAGGAUCUUCCAAGGGAACGCGGCGAGAGAACAGAGAUGGGGAUGCGGACCACUUGGAUGUAAAUCAGAGGCCUAAGGGGAAGGGGCUGAUGUCAAAGAUUAUUGAUGUUCUCAUGCAAGAGCCUGCAGAUUCCGUUUACAGGUUUUGGCUGGCAUCUUGUGUGGAGGCAUUCUUGAGGGGCUCUGACCCAAGGGAUCAGGAGUUUGUUCAAUCGAUGGGUCUGAUGGAGCAUUUAGUUGGCGAGAUUCUUAAGGGCGGCUUCAAGUGUGCAGCAUCACUUCAGAUCAACUUUGACUUGCUGGGUGAACUAGUCAAAUUCAACCCUGCGAUGUUCGUGCCUCUCAACAAGCUUUUGGUGGGUGAUAAGUUCGACCGUCUUGUGGAGGUUGUGGUGACACACCUUGUGGACUCUAAUGUUUUCAUUCGAUCUGUUCUGCUUUCACUGGAGUCAUUCUGCUCGGGAACUCCGACACCCCCUUAUGCUGGGCCCAGUCCACCUCAUCCAAACAAAACCUCACGGUACUUGCGAGGUCAACCGACUUUGCUUAGAGACUCGAAGCCCUUCAUGUUCAGGCAGAAUGCCCAGGAUUGGGCAGGUGGCGAGCAAAAGGCGAUGUUGGACGCCGAAGAUCUGAGGGGUUUGGGAAGGGAGAUAGAGAGAUCCUUCAGGAUGAUGAGGUCGUCGUCGUCUCCACAUCUUUCGAGUUCCGGCUGGGAAAGAGGUGGAGGCACGGCAAGCACGGGCGGGCAAGUAAGUUUUGGCGGUCUUCCAUUGCCAUCGCCUGUGCAGUCGUGGAUGUUGUUGGCAUUGCCUUCGCCUCCGACAUCGUGCCAGAUGCUACCGUCAUCUGCGAUGAGGAUGAGAAUGAGCUCGGGAGGGAAGUGGGGAGUCGCCAUGGGUUUGAGUCAGGUUGAGAGCUGCAAGCUGAGCAUGUUCAUGGCUGCAAACGCGAUGAGAUUACUCCAUGAUCUGAUGUGCGCAGUCCGGCUGGAUGACGUCAAUCAGGACAACAUCUGUGUGCUGAACACGGCAUUGAUUUUCCUCAUUUUUGCAGAGCGGAAUGGAGUGCUGGGCGCUUACCUGCAGCAGCUACGGUGUUCGGACAUGGGUUUAGGCUGGGCUGCGCCCGGUGGGAUGAGCAGCGGUGGGUUGGAGAAAAGUCCUUUCAUGGGUCCUGGAAGCGUGACCAGAAAUUUCAGGGCGCUGCUCGACUUUUGGCAGGAGUACUAUCUCAAGAGGAGAGGGAAGGACUGUGUGAGUCUUGAAUACUCUACGAACAUCCCCUUUUCAGAAUGGCUGCAGAUGGUCGAGUUGCUUUGCUCCGGUCCGGAAUGUUCCAUGUCUCUGGUGUACUCGCCAGGUUUGCAGUGCCCAUCGCUCACCGCAACGUCUGAUCUUCCCCCUCGGCGAUGCUGAGGUUUGCGAGCAUGUACAUAGAAUGAUUUGCAGCAGGAGGCAAAGUAGAGCGAGGGAAGGCCCAGGAGCAGGGAGGAUGCUUUUGGCUCGGAAGGCUGUCGAACGCAGGGUGCUGUACUGCGUGGCAGGAGAAGUGUAAUGGUUCUAAAGGUGGUGAUGUGGUUCAACAAAGAGAGGGUGAUUGUAUGGUUUCCCAUCUCUUGUUUGGUGUGGCGGUUUAAGGCCAGCAUCUAUAAAGGAUACAUGUGCUUUGCAUCUUUUGGCUUUCAAGAGUGGGCUAACGGCACAGCGUGAGUGUGUGCACAACAGCCGGGUAUGAUAUAGAGGGAUUGCAGUUUAGAGAAGUGGGGGCUUUCGUGGUGAAGAUGCGGCCAGGUGCACUUGCCUGAGGGAGAUAGGAAGCAUCAUUUUUCUGAAAGAGGGCUAUGUGAACUCAGAGCCAAGGAAGAG